AUGUCCGACUACCAGCCCGACCCCCGCACGCCGCCGAAUGUCGGCGGCCCUCUCGGCGUGCUGCUCAAGUGGCUCGACGCUUUCCUGACCGUCAUCGACAAUGUCUACCUCAAGCUCAAGUCCUGGGUGCGCCGCAAGGGCUCCAAGGGCAAGCGCUCCAAGCGCUCCAGCAAGCAGCAGCCGAUGAUGGAGCAGGCGUACACGACGGCCCACUCGCAGCCUUCGACCGCGUACGCCCGAAAGGGACGGGUGUCGACCUCGACCGAGCGGCAGCGCAUGACAAGCGGCGGGGCAGUGAGCCCCGUCUCACCCGUCUCGGGCACAUUCAGCAGCAGCGACCACAGCCACGGCGCCCCGGUCGAGGCAAUGACGUACGACCGCUUCGCGGCGCAGCCGUCCUACGUCCCGAGCCAGAACAACGCUUACGCCGUCGCAAUGGCAAAGCCAGACCACCCGCACCCGCAUGCCUCCCCCAAGCCGGCGUCGGUUCCGAGGACCGCUGAGACCGAGGCUGUCGUCCUCUCCGAUCCAAAGCCAAAGACACAAGUCUCGCGCCUUGUGUCCGAGGAGACGCCUGCGCGCUCCAACUCGACCCGCUCCAAGAUGAGCAAGAUGAGCGCGAGGAGCAGUGACUCCCGUCCCGACACUAGCGCCUGGAAACCCUCCGGCCCCUACCGGAGCCCAGAGCAGCGACACUCUGGCGCCUUCUCGUCGCACUCGGCGUCUCCCUCCGCCUCAUCCCAUGCCCUCGGCCACGCCCGGGAACCAAGCCACGGCAGUCUCGCAGCGAUCGCAGCGAGCAACUCGCGCCGCUCGGGCGACCAAGCGCGGUACGACGCCGUCCGCCCGCUCUCGCCGCAAUACGCGCCCUCGCCGGCGCAGCGCUCCAUCUCCCCCCAGUACGGGCGGGCAGACACGCCCUCGUACAACGAGUUCGGGAGCCGGCCGACCUCCCCUCCCGCCCAGCAGUGGGAACCAGCAGUCCCCACCACGACAGGCGUAACGGGGACAAAGUACGCGCACGUCACAACGGGCCGCACGGGGACAAAGUACGCGCACGUCAGUGCUGAUCGCCUCCCGUCCUCGCCCACAAGCCCCACAGCCAGCUCGUGGCAAAUUCAUUCCCAGAGUGAGGGACACGAGGGGCAGGAGAGCUACAACGGCGGCUGGAACCGUGUCGCCGAUGGCGUCGACGUCGAUGCGGCGUAUAAGCGCUGGUCGAGCAGCAGUGGGGCGAGUACGCGCACGCGGUCGACGUUUGGCGCGCCGACGCACGACUCGCACCACGUGUCCCGCUCCUACGUGACCCAGCCCUCGCACACCCGGACCCAGAGCCAGCCCCAGGCUCAGCAGCGCUACGUGCCCGGGAAAGCCUACGCGCCCCCGCCCGAAGACACGGCGAGUGUGAGCGACUUCAGCGACGAGUCGCUGUACGACGUGCCCAAUCCCACGGCGAGCAAGUCGACAACGGCACAGAACUAUGCCGCCGCUUAUGCUGCCAAUCUCAAGCGCAGGACGGCCAGUUUGAGAUCCGGCAAGCGGGAUAGUGCGGGUCUGCCCGCUGGUGCUGCUACGCCGACGAGGGCGCAGACUUAUGUCCGCAGGAGCGAGAUUGUCGCUUAG